AAUAAAUAGCAGAGGAAGGGGGGAGAGAGAAAACAGAGAGAGGAGAGAGAGAGAGUGUGUGUGAGUGUGAGAGAGAGAGAGAGAGAGAGAGAGAGAGGAAGAAGGGAAGGCGGACAUCGCAGGGCUGUCCAGCUCGGUUAGAGCCGCAGAGUGACCAGCCACCGCCGACAUGGCUCCCACUCUGGCUACGGCCCACCGCCGCCGUUGGUGGAUGGCCUGCACGGCCGUGCUGGAAAACCUGCUCUUCUCGGCCGUGCUGCUGGGCUGGGGUUCCCUGCUGCUGAUGCUGAAGUCCGAGGGGUUUUACUCCUACAUGUGCCAGGAGCCAGAAAACACUACCAACAGCAGCGGGGUGGGGAGUGAUGGGACGGAGAUGGAGCUGCUCCUACGGAUGAACGGCUGGCUUAUCUGUAAGGACCAGGAUGAGAUGCUGAACCUGGCAUUCACCGUCGGCUCAUUCCUGCUCAGCGCCAUCUCCCUGCCCCUGGGUAUCGCCAUGGACAAAUACGGGCCCCGGAAACUGCGGCUCAUAGGCAGCACCAGCUUUGCACUGUCCUGCCUGCUGAUCGCUUACGGAGCCAGUAACCCCAACGAUCUCUCUGUCCUGAUCUUCAUCGCCCUCUCACUCAACGGCUUUGGAGGCAUGUGCAUGACGUUUACCUCACUCACGUUGCCCAACAUGUUCGGAGACUUGCGGUCUACCUUCAUCGCUCUGAUGAUUGGCUCCUAUGCCUCAUCGGCUGUGACAUUCCCUGGCAUCAAGGUGAUCUACGAUCUGGGAGCCCCAUUUAUCAGCAUCCUCUUGGUGUGGGCAGCCUGUGGGGGCCUGGUCUUCAUGAACUGUUUCCUGAACUGGCCCCUGGAACCCUUCCCAGGGCCUGAGGACAUGGAUUACACGUGAGUCAUACCCCUGGGCC